AUGCGUGUCUUGUUAUCGCUGUCACUCAUCACCAGCGUCUGCGCCUCCCCAAUCACACAUUGGGUUCGCCGAGAUACAGAUUGGGACGAUGUAGUUUGUUCCGAUCCCACCAUCACCGAUGCAAAAGUUGCGGCCAAUCUGAGAUGGGCAGCGGCCGACACGAAUACCUCAUGGAAAGAGGCUUUAGACGCAUGGAGGGACUAUAAGCCUGAAGACGGUGCUGUCAAACUCAAAUUCCCAGCUUUCAUAAGCGACUUUUACGGCGGACCAGAGGGAUGGGAUUGCCAAGAUCCUGUGAACACCCCAUGUUCCACAUCAGUCAAAUGCGAAGACACCAAGCAUCCAGCCGGCUUUCUCCUUCUCAAUUCUUUUUCCAAGUUACACGAUGUCUACAAAAAAUACCACGAAGCACUACAAGAUGCCCAAAUCAGUCUCCUAUCAGCAAUGGGAGACUUCACCAAGGUCUUUGCCCCUCAACUGGAAACGAAGGACCAGACAGCUUUGGUGAAGACUAUGUUGGAUGUAUUACAGUUUGGCAUAGGAGUUGCAUCGGCCGUUAUCAAAAACGCCGGGAUAUUCGCCACUUCCGCAUAUCUCAGUUUCUCCAAGGAUAGCUUCAACAGUGCAGUCUCGUCGUCUCUCGCUCUAAGCAAAGACAACCUAAAAGCUGCCAAGGACGCUGUCAGUGUGCAGAAUGACCUCACUUCUGCUAUGGGUACCUUAUUCGACUAUUGGAAGAAAACGCAAUCUGACUAUCUGUCGGAGAUAUUCUCUGGGUCAAACCAGACAACUAUAACCAUGCUGGACUCUCUGAUACGAGAUGGCAUGAUGAACAUGUUGCCUGUCGAUAUCAAUUUAUCGGACAUGACGAAACUUAUCCAGACUAUCAUAUAUGGGCAGAUGAUUCCCACAGCAUGGGUAAAUGCGCCAGCUGGAUUUGCGCCAUUCGUGCUUAAAACAGGCGAUGCAUGCUCAGACACCAUGCCCAAGACCUUACACCCAUACAUGACGCAAGACACACACGAGAAAGCGGGCGUCUGCUGGCUUGGAAACCAGUUCUACGUGCUGACCGUCGGAGUGGAUAGUGUUAAUGUCCAAGACAAUACUCCUGGACUUCCUGACUCAGAACCGCCCUUUCAGGUACUCUCAGGCGGCACGCGCGACGUGCUUGAUGGCACGCAUUGGGGUGGUAUCACCCUCGAAGAUAUAGUCAUCAGCUCAUUCACCGGCUAUCAGCUGAACGGCAACCGAAAUGGCUACAAUAUAACCCUGGACGACAGUCAAGGGGCUGUUAACCAGCUAAUGUUCGCGAAAGGCGUGCAAACGCCUGGCUUCUUUUCGCUCCCAGUUUGCACGAAUCUUUGGAAUACAUUGAUACAAAUAUCCGGAGGCCCAAGCAACAGGGAACACUAUCCCUGCGGUGUUGAGGUCGAGAGACCCAUCUUGACAAGUUGGUAA